UAUAACUGUACCACUAACAGUGAUGACAAUCAAAACAUCUGAACUGGAGACCAGCACGAGUACAGCUGUCCCAUCGAUAGUGACAACAAUCAAAACAUCUGGACCGGACACCAGCACAAGUACACCUAUACCAUCAAUAGUGACAACAAUCAAAACAUCUGGACCGGAGACCAGCACAAGUACACCUGUACCAUCAAUAGUGAUGACAAUCAAAACAUCUGGACCGGAGACAGAGACCAGCAAUAAAAACAUCCUACCAACUUCAGUGUCCAAAGACAACCCAGAAUCUACUGCGAUAACAUGUGGGACUUGUGAACCAGCUGCACUGCCAACAGAAACAAAACGGGAAACACCUGGAAUAGGCACAGUUACACCUCUGAAUACAUUUACAACAAAGGACAAUAUGGUGAUCACAACUUCACAUAAUCACACACCCAAGAGGACAACACCAUCAAAGUUAAAAAAAAAAAAACUUAGUAAAAGCAAGAAAGGACUUAGAAAAAUUCAGAUGAGAAUGAACCAUCUAAAAAAAAAAUCGGGAUAAAGCUGGACAAUUUGUAUAAUAUACACAUAGAUUACAGUAAGUUUGAAUAUACUCAUGAUGGGUUGUGAGUUGAAGCACUACAGAUAUUAUUUAGUCCUAGAGUAGGCCUGACGUUUGGUGCUGGUCUUAUAGCUGCAGAC